CUAGCUAUGGUGCCUGAACAUCAUUCCGAUGUCACUUCCGGCUGUCAGUGGAAAGAUGGCGGCGCCCAAAGGACACGCGUUACUGCACCGGGUAUUGGCAGAGUGUCCGGUAACGAAAGCGCGGGCCUGCGACCUGGUGUUACCACACGGCCCUGUGAGGACGCCGGUGUUCAUGCCGGUGGGGACUCAGGGGACGAUGAAGGGGAUCACCGCUGAUCAGCUACGGGACCUGGGCUGUGAGAUUUGCCUGGGGAACACCUAUCACCUAGGAAUGAGGCCGGGGCCUGAAAUAAUGAAGAAGGUGAAUGGUCUGCAUGGUUUUAUGAACUGGAACCGGAAUCUUCUUACAGACAGUGGAGGCUUUCAGAUGGUGUCCUUGGUGGAACUGUCCAAGGUGACAGAAGAGGGGGUGCACUUCAAAUCUCCAUAUGAUGGGAAAGAAAUCCUUCUCACCCCAGAGAAGUCUAUUGAAAUCCAGAAUGCACUUGGCUCUGAUAUCAUGAUGCAGCUGGAUGAUGUAGUAAGCAGCACCAUAUCUGGGCCCCGCGUGGAGGAAGCCAUGCACAGAUCCAUCCGCUGGUUGGACCGUUGUAUUGCUGCCAAUGGAAACCCAGAAAAACAGAAUCUGUUUGCCAUCAUUCAGGGGGGUCUGGAUGCUGAGCUGCGAAAGAGCUGUCUGGAAGAGAUGAUCAAACGAGAUGUCCCUGGCUUUGCUAUUGGUGGCCUGAGUGGAGGGGAAGAAAAGGACCACUUCUGGAGGAUGGUGACCCUCAGCACGGACUACCUUCCUAAGGAAAAGCCUCGCUACCUCAUGGGAGUAGGAUACGCCACAGAUCUAGUGGUCUGCGUUGCUCUUGGUUGUGACAUGUUUGACUGUGUGUUUCCCACGAGGACAGCCCGAUUUGGCUCAGCUUUAGUUCCCUGGGGCUCUCUGCAGCUGAAAAGCAAACAGUUUGCCAAAGAUUUCCAACCUAUAGACAAAGACUGUAAAUGCCCCACCUGCCUGAGAUAUUCACGUGCCUACAUCCAUGCUUUAUUUAAAAGUGAUACGGCGGGAAUGCAUCAUAUUACAAUACAUAAUAUUGCCUAUCAGCUGAAUCUGAUGCAUUCGGUGAGGGACAGCAUUCUGCAACAACGGUUCCCACAGUUUGUACAGGAUUUCAUGAGGACCAUGUAUGGUACAAAGGACAAGUACCCACUGUGGGCCAUUGAUGCUUUAGAAACUGUUAAGAUUACCUUACAGUGACCCUUUUGCUAAUCUAAAGGAAUAUAACAUUACCUCUGGAUCCUGCAUUGUCUCGGACAGUCAAGGCACAGGUAUGGGAUCUCAUUGGUAAUUGGUGCGCCUACACUGCAUAAAGGAAGAGAAUGCCAGGACAGGCAGAAGCUGUUUUUAAAUUGAGUAUAUUUUAGGUGUAGUGGAACAUCCCCUGAUCUGGAACUCAGUCCCAGGCGUACUGGAUAAUGAAUCCUGGAUUACAGCUCAUGUCCUGCCCAGGAAGCCGGCUCUUGUGCAUGUGGGGACCUUCCAGUGUUUUAUAUGUACAUAUCAUGGGUAAAUGAUUUGCUCUAUUCUUACCACACUUUUUAUUUUUAAACCUUUUUACAAUAAAAGCAUUUUUACCAUG